AGCUAGAGAGAUAAUGCCUUUAACUAGCUCGUGCCUAUAUAAUACAUAAAUCGUCUCUCCCAUUUUCACAAGCUCUGCCAUGAAAAUGGGGUUGAUCAUGAUCACCAAGUUUCUGCUAGCCCUAUGCUUCAUCGUUUUAACCCAAACCCAUGUAUCCCUAGCCGGCCGAAGCGACCGGCAAGACUUCCUCGACGGACACAAUAGAGCUCGUGCGGAGGUCGGCCAUGGCGUUGGUCCACUUAAAUGGAACUACACCCUUGCAGCCUAUGCUCAAGCUUAUGCUAACAAGAGGAUCCCAGACUGCAACUUGGAGCAUUCAAAUUAUCUGGCUGAAGAUUAUGGAGAAUGCAUUGCUGAAGGCUAUGAUCAGUUAAGCGCUCUAGAUGCAGUGAAGGCAUGGGUGAGUGAGAAGCCAUACUAUAAUUAUCAAUCCAACAAAUGCGUUCACAGUGAGUGCGGCCACUACACCCAAGUGAUUUGGCGUGACACAAAGUAUCUUGGGUGUGCCAGGGCCAAGUGCCACAAUGGCUGGAUGUUUGUCACUUGCAACUAUUUUCCUUCAGGAAAUUAUGAGGGCGAGCGACCAUACUAAAUGGUUGUACUUGUACUGAUUACUCACCUAUUGAGUAUGUUGACGCUCCUGUUUAUGUACUAUAUAUUACUAUUAAUAUUAAUGGAGAAGAUAUUAUAAGUU